GAAAUGGAAGAUGAAGCUGCUGCUUUGCGGGAGAUGCAGGCUAAAGUUGAAAAGGAAAUGGGUUCUUCACAAGAUCCUACUGCUGCUGCAUCUCAAGCAAAUAGAGAGGAAGUAGAUUCUCGAUCAGUGUUUGUUGGCAAUGUCAGGCACCAUUCUUCAAGUUUCUGAUUAAUAGUUCUGGGAUUGAGUCAAAGUGUUUGUGAUAUUAAUUAUCUUAGCUAGUAAAAAAAAAAAGUGGUCAUGAUAAUGUGGUCAGCAAAAAAAAAAGUGUAUAUAUAUACAUGAGAAUGAAAUUAAGAGGAAACAAAAUUCAAAGGCUUUUGAAAUCAACCAUUUGAAAAAAGAAAAGAGGAAUGAAACGAAGAGAAAAGAAAAUAAAUGGGAGAGGUGAUAAAUUCCAAAAUCAUAACCAAAAAGAAGAGGAGAAUCAAGAGAUAUAGGUUAGGCUUAAAGAGUGUUGGUCGAGAAAAUGUUAAGUGAGUUCUGGGGCUGGAAUGGACAGGAGAAAUGAUGUGGUUCAAGAUUCCUGACCUAUGCAGGAAGGGUGAAGACUAGCAAUGUACAAAAGUACAAGCCCAGAAUGCUGCUUGUCAUGGAGGUUAAUGCUCAAGGAAUGUGUAGGCUUUUUGCUGCAUAUGGUGGACUAUUCAUGUACCCCUGAAGAAGUGCAGCAGCACUUUCAGUCAUGUGGGACUGUAAAUAGGAUCACUAUUCGUACGGACAAGUAUGGCCAACCAAAGGGCUACGCAUAUGUGGAAUUCCUUGAACCAGAGGCUGUUCAAGAGGCUCUCCUUCUGAAUGAAUCAGAAUUACAUGGCCGCCAACUGAAGGUAACUGCUAAAAGGACUAAUGUGCCAGGGAUGAAGCAGUUUCGUCCUCGUCGACCCAACCCUUACAUGGGAUUUGCGCCCAGGGGUUCACAACUGCCUCCUUAUUUCUAUUCUCCGUAUGGAUAUGGGAAAGUUCCCAGAUUCAGAAUGCCUAUGCGUUACAGCCCCUAUAACUGAAGGCUAUUUUGCUUGAAGAUAGACACAUCCAACAAAAUAUUUUAGUUUUGGUUUCAUUUUCAUGGAUCAUGAUGUAUUGGGUAGCUCAGUGCACAAUGCCAGAGUUUUGCUGCUUUCUAUUCAUCUGGUAGAAUGUGUGAAAAAUGUGGUAUAACUAGUUUUUGAUAGAAAUUGCAACUUAAAAAGUCUUAAACUGUCUGCACGCAAUUUACUUGCUUGAAUUUCUAUGGAUGGUUGUAUUCCUUGAUUGCUUGGAAAAAAAAAAAGAUUAUGUGGAAGUUUCCUUCA